AUGUUGUCAUGUCGCUAUCGUGCUGCUGGAUCUUUGUAGCGGAGCAGCUUGUGAACCGGCCGCUGACACAAAUGUGUUUUUAGAUAGUUUGUCGAGUUUGUUCGGAGCUGACAGCGGAGAGUCUGAAACACAUGAACCCACCGGAGAGUUCACCGACUGUUAACCGGAAGAAGAAGAGGACAGCGGGCAGCUAACGGAGCUCACCGAGGCCACAGGGGGCAGGAUGGCGUCACCCUUCAAAAUCCCCAAGAAGAAACAGCCAGCUGGCGCUGACUCCGCCCCUCUGUACACGUCACCACUGUCCUGCCUGCAGAGCUCCGCCCCCGACCCUAAGCAGGGUUACCAGGAUCAGUCCAGCAGCGGCAGAGCUGACAGGGUGCAUGCUGGGAACACACAGAGCGCGUCCUGUGAGCCGGUCUUCAGAGACGUGGUCAAAACGCUGCUGGGACUCAACUGCCCGACCAGAGGAGCGUCAGCAGCCAAUCACAAGGGAGCGUCAGCAGCCAAUCACAGAGGAGUGUCAGCAGCCAAUCGCAGAGCAGGCUGGAGCGGCCAGUCAGAGCCUGGGCAGAGAGCGGGGUCGUCCGCGGCGUGUUUCUCUAACGGAUGGCGCCCUAAGAGAGCGUCAGACCGACUGCUGCAGCCUGCUGUGACCUCAGAGCCUCCGUCUCCACCACAGAAGAAGAAAAGUGACCUCAGUGGGCGCCUUUCAUGGCACUCAAGGUCACCUUACAAAAGUACAGAAUCAUCAGUGAUCGAUCUUGAACCUUCAGGCUGGCAGAAUAAAAGCAUCUCUGUGAAGUCACUGGACUCUCUGGCGGAGCUGCGAGGCGAGGAGCAUGCUGGGAGUUUGAGUUCUUCAAAGCUUGGAGAGCAGAGGACGUGGAGGCGAGUGGAGUCCGACAGACGGGUCGCUGCUGAGCGAAAGGUGAAGAGCGACACACGAAGAUCUCCUGAAUCUUUAAAGCAACAGAGGAAGAUCUCGCCAGUCUCCGGUUCAGACCGGACGUCAGAAGACGACUUCCUGUCUCCGUCCAGAACCACAAACAAACCCUCUGUGACGUCACUGAGGAUGUCGACCGACAGGAGGCGGAGUCUGGACAGGAAAGCAUGUCUCGCCACCAGAAGCAGCCUGACGGACGACCUGAGGGAGAAGGGCAGGGAGAGGUGGAGGGAGUUCAGAGAGAAGAAGAAGACGUACAGGUCGGCUGUCCCGCACCUUCGACUGAAGAAACCCAAACAGACUCCGACAGAACCCAUUGUGCUGUCGAGUGAAGAGGAAGAGGGUGAUGAUGAAGGAGAUGGGGGAAAGAGGAUGCCACAAAGCCUGAUGAAGGAGUCCGGUCCUGGAAGCUCGGAGCAGAAGCAGGCUCAACAGGCUUGUUCCUCCAAAGCUGAAAUAAACGGGCAAAACCUGCCGCCGCCACUGCCAUCCUUCCUGCAGCUGGACUUCACCUCGCUUCACGCCGGCCUGACGCACAGCGACGCCAAUGGGAAGCUGAUGAUCAGUGAGAGCGGCGUCACGAUUCCUCUGAAAGGAGCCGAGGAGGGGGAGGUCACUGUGGUGGCGUCUCAGGUUCGGGGUUACGGUGUCUGGGACGGGGGCGUGGCUCGGGGCGGGACUCUACUGGCUGGCUGGAAAGGUCCCGCCCCCUCCCUGCUCUUCCUGUGGGUGACUGAUGCUCAGGCCAACCUCCUGCAGAGGGAGCUGUCGGCCAUCCAGACGUCCACCGCCGCCGCGUCAGGCUCGGCAUGCUCUGUCCUCCUGCUGGUGUUGAAGGAGCAGCUGCAGGAACUCCAGGCUGCCCUGCUGGCCUCCAUCCUGGACAUGGAGGAGUACAGGAAGGGCUUCUCCUCCUCCGCUGGCGGGCCCACCUCCCCUCUGGAGUGGACUGACGGGCUGCUGCUCCUCCACAGCUGUCCUCCUCCUCUGGAUCAGCACCUUCUCAGACUGCUGGGGCACUCUGCGGUGCGAAGCAGCCCGAGAAAGAAGAACUCGUCCGGUCAGCCGCAGCUUCUUCCCACCAGGUUGAUCCAGUACCCGCCGCCGCCCUCUAAAGGACGCAUCACCGUCACCAAAGAGGACUUGGCCUGUCUGAACGGCGGCGAGUUCCUUAACGAUGUCAUCAUCGACUUCUACCUCAAGUACCUCCUCCUGGAGGGAGUCGGAGGCUCGGUGGCCGACAGGAGUCACGUCUUCAGCAGCUUCUUUUACAAACAGCUGAGCAGACGGAGAGCGGCCGGAGAGGACGACGCCCCCUCCGUCCCUGAUCGUCACAUGAGGCAUCAGAGGGUAAAGACGUGGACCCGCCAAGUCGACAUUUUCACCAAAGACUUCCUGUUUGUGCCUGUCAACCAAGAAGCUCACUGGUUCCUGGUGGUGGUUUGUUUUCCAGGUCUGGAGGAGGUUCAGUACGAGGAGUUUCAGAGACCGACAGGUGCUUCAGAGCGAGCUGCAGGAAAACCUUCAUCCUUCAGUCUGAGAUCACAACAGCCUCCGGAGUGCACUCAGCAGAGCUGGCAGAGGGACACUGUGUUAAAGAGGCCGUGCAUCCUCGUCAUGGACUCCCUGAAGCUGUCGUACCACGAGAACGUCUGCAGACUCCUCAGAGACUACCUGCAGGUGGAGUGGGAGGUCCGGAGGGGGACGCCUCGUGUCUUCGGGUCGGACAACAUGAGGAGCUCCAACUGCAGAGUCCCUCAGCAGGACAACAGCAGCGACUGUGGACUGUACCUGCUUCAGUACGCAGAGAGCUUCCUGCAGAACCCUGUGGUGCACUUUGACCUCCCGUUACGGCUGGAAAACUGGUUUCCGCGGCAACGGGUGCGGCAGAAGCGCGAGGAGAUCCGAGCUCUGAUAAUGAGGAUGCACCAGAGUCAGAACGGAGAACACUGAAACCACAAGGACCAAAAACCUCCUCGUCACCGAGCCGUUAAUUCACCUGUGCAAUAAAUUAUUUAUAUUUUUUCUAUGUUGGAUCUUUUACCUCCAUGUAAAAAAUUUUAAUAAAAUUAUUUCAAAAUU